AUGGAAAUAACUGAUGAAAUUCGGGAACAAUUAGAAAGUUAUCGCCUUGGUCGACACUAUGUAGACGUGCCAUUAUCACCGGCUCGAACACUGAUUCUUAUCGGUCGAACGCGUACUGGAAAAUCAACUAUUUCAGCACUCUUGAAGAAUAGUAUGUAUGUACCGCCAUUUCCGACACUCUUCUAUGGUACAGACGCACCACAUGAAGAACAAGUGAACGGAUUAAAAAUCAUCGAUAUGCCAGGAUUUUUUAAUCAGAACCAACAUAAAAAUACUGUUGAUCUAAGUAACGGCACAAUCGAAACGAUGCUCAAUGGUGUAAUGAAAAAAACCGAUGCAUCUGUGACACUUUUUGCUUUUGUUUUCAAUCUCGACCAGGGUAUCAAUCAAGACGACAUCAAAACAAUGCUACUAAUGAGAGAUAAAUACCCACGUAUUAGUAAACAAUUAAUGCUUAUAUUAACUCAUUGUGAAGAAACAGAUGAUAUUGCACGAACACAGCUAAUUAACAACUUUUUCAAACAUAAAGACGUGGUAAAAGAAAAUUUAAGAGAAUUAUUUUUGUGUGGCGUUUUUUUUAUGGGCUGUAUACGACCUCAAUCAGCAGAAAGAUGCGACCGACACGGAAUAUUGCAUCAGUAUGCUAACGUGCUGAAAAUGAGAAACAUAUUUAUCGAGUAUAUCUAUUCAGAUUUAGAAGAAAUCAUGGCUACUGGAACGAGGCAUUUACGAUCUCAAUCCCGUCAGUCAAAACCAAUCGAUAUUAAAGAAUUGCAAGAAACUAUAUACAACACAGUUGUCCAGGAUGAUGAGUUUAUAUUCAAACAAGCGAGUACCCGCAACAUUAUUCUCAUGGGACGAGCUCGUACAGGCAAGUCAACAGUAGCGAAAACACUGGAAUAUCCUGGCUAUAUGGGAGAUAAAGACUUGGCACUCUUUUCUGAAACAAAGAACAUCGAAUUUCAUCAAUUGGCAUGUCCAAUAUCGAAAAAUGGUUAUCUCUAUAAUUUCAACAUAAUCGACACACCUGGUCUGUAUGAUCAACGUACAUCAAAAGGUCAGCUUUUGGACAACGAAGCUGUCACCAAGCUUGUCCUAGAAUGUAUGAGAACAGACAUGACAAACAUACACGCCUUUGCCUUUGUUUUCAAUCUGGAGAAUGGUAUCAACAGCGAAGAUAUUGACUCAAUGGUGUAUGUCAAAAAAGCGUAUCCAACUGUCGCAGAUUACAUGAUGUUGAUCUUGACCCACUGUGAAGAAACUUCCGAUGAGAGACGAAACAUUUUAGUAGAGAAUUUCUUCCAGCAUGAUAUCGCGGUUAAACAAAACCUUCGAGAAUUUUUCAAAUUAGGUAUCUUCUAUAUGGGUUGCUUGAGACGCCAGCUAUAUGAACGCCCCGAUGAAGCUUAUGCGGCUGAUCUACUGGAAAAUAUUAUUAAAAUGAGAGCUCGACUCUUAAACUUUUUAAUUGCGAGGGAGAACGUGUAUAAAAUUCAUGAUGAUCCAAUAUUGCGAUCAGACAAAUCCGAUAGCUACUGUUCAAUAUCUUAA